AUGCCUCGAGCAGCGCACCCUUUGACCCCGGCAUCUUCAACGGACCUCAAAGGCCAAGAUGGAGUUAAGCAGCUAGCUUCGCUGCAGAUGGCAUUUGAGCUUCCACCUCCAGCCAUCAGCAGUGGCAAGCCCGGGGCGAUGGCGGGUGCCUUCCAGACCAAUGCCGCAUCCUCUCCAGCCGUGCCUUCACCCGAGUCUCUUUCAAGUCCGAAACAGAGCCCUAAGAAAACUCUCUACCCUCUGCAAGCCAGCGAGACCGUCAAGUCCAGGCGCAGGUCCUCAGUUGUCCAGGCCCAGACCGCUGCUACGGCUGUGGGCUCUGGCGGCAAGAAGGAUACUUUUGCACUCCCACCACCACCAACCAGGUCACGCAAGAUAAUUCAGAUGAAGCCAAAGUCGACAGGAGGAUCGAAGACUGAGGACAACGACCGACCGGAGCCGGCAUCCAAGGCUAAACCCGGCACUUCAAAAUCGGCAGCCGACUCUAAUGAUAAGGCAAUAUCGGCAGCGCCAGCAUCAGCGCCAGGGGAUACCGGCUCCCCGGUGGCGACCAAGAAGAAGACACCUUCGGCAACCAGCGCUGCGGGUCGAAAGAUAGCGAGAAAGACUGCACAUAGUCUUAUAGAGCGGAGGCGACGAUCCAAGAUGAAUGAGGAGUUUGCCACGUUGAAGAAUAUGAUUCCAGCAUGCACUGGUGAGAUGCACAAGCUGGCAAUCCUGCAAGCAUCUAUCGAUUAUAUCCGCUAUCUCGAAGACUGCGUCUCUAAGCUCCAGUCCCAGAGGGAAGAUCAGUCUACCCCUAUGGAGCUUGCACCACCUCCAACGGCAGCUCUAUCAUAUGAUGACUAUGAAAUGGACGAGGAGGAUGAGCAUCAUCACACGCCGACGGGAGCACGCACUCCUUACGAGACUGUUCCGACAGUUGCGGGUUCGACAUACAGCUCACCAGAUGUUGAAAUGGCAGGCGAUUCACAGGCGGUCCUAUCGCCGACCUUGACCGGACAACAAUCACACGCACAACACUAUCGGCAUCAUAACGACAGGUCAAUACACUCGGCAUCAAUCUCUCCUGCGCUAAUGGCACAGGACUCACAGCGGCAGGACAGCACAUACUCGUCAGUCUCGACAGUAGCCGCCGCCGCGCUGAUAACGGCAGGGCGUCACGGGCACUGUGGACGGCAUUACAGCUUUGCGUCGGUCCCGUCGGCAACCCCAUCCCCAGCACUUGGACCACAGCCAUAUCCGACGAGCGGUUACUACUCCACAUCGAGACCGGGUUCGACGCUGACCAGCCCGGCGCUGGGGCCCUUGAGGGAUGAACAGGAGGCCAGUGCGGCCGUGUUACUGAUGCUCAACAGCGAUCGUCGUGGCAGUACCACAGCCAGCACGGCCUCAUCUCCGGGAUCUCAAAAACCGGCGGUGGUAAGGGGGAUGAGUGUCAGGGAUCUGCUCAGUAGCUGA